CAGGGAGUCAUCUCCACACGCUUAUCCGAAGAUCUGUCAAUCACGAAAGGGAGGUUGGCGUCGUACGCACGCGGUAUGACGUCGCAUGCCUAGAUCUGCCCACUGAUCGUUCCAAGCUUGCAGACCAAAGCCCGGGCCCUGAUGCCCCAUCCGGGGGCUGCGUUGUCUCGAAACAUAAAGCAUGUUUACCCUGAAGAAACCGUGAUAUUUUCCCUCGUUUCGUACUUUUAGAGGCCACCAUGGACAAAUUCAAGGUCAAGACGCGUUCGGCGCGCAAUAAAUUGGCAGAAGCUACUUCGCAAGGCACUGGAUCUGGCUCGCUUUCUGUCCCACUUGCUUCUCUCACACCACACGACAACGCAAGUCGGAUUGGUGUGAACGAAGGAUACAUAGGACCUCUUCCUGGCACAGUUACACACGACUUCGCGGAGCCAGAUAAUCAGCCAGGGAUAAAUCCCCCGACAUCUCUGCAGUCAUCUGUUGACGCUGGCAUACCUGUGCCAAAGCCUGUCCAGUAUGGCUCUCCUUCACACAGGGGCAUGCCAAGCAUGCCUGCCCAAAAUUCACGACGAGGGCAACAACAUCAUCGGCCCCAAGUAGGUUCAAGACAAGCAAGCAUAGGCAUCAGACGAAAGCCAUCUCCCAUGGCCCUGCAACAGAUGGCCCAGUAUCAAAAUGCCUCGACAAACAGGACGAGCGCGCCACUACCAGCAGUGCAGGAGGACAGCCCGCUCGAGCAAGUUCCGUCCAGGUCAGCCGACUCGGCAGUCACAGUGCAAGAGCCGCAAUCCAGCCGGUUGAGAAAGACGAAGAUGCGAUUGCCGUUCUGGAGCAAGAAGAACAAUGACACAGAUGACGAAGAGAGUCUCUCGCCAAAACCCACACCUGCGAAGUCGUCGGCAGUCCCAUAUCCGGGUUACUCGUAUGCAGACUACUCAUCGGGCAUGGUUGAUGUCUUGGACACCAUUGACCCCGAGGUUGCAACUCUGACUUCUUUGACUAAUGUACAAAAUUCCUUGUUCAUUCCGAACCUUCCUUGGCUUAAUCGUCGACCAACCUACAAUCUGCGACGUCCGCCAGGCGAGACCGAGAGUAAUGAAGAUAUGGACCGACUGAUAGCACGCGUGCGCGCGGCUCAGGCCGAGCAGCAGGCUGCUCCUAGACUGCAGCGGCAAUCAACUGAUGCUACAGUGGCUACUAUUGCUACUAUCGAUUCGGAGCUGAGCGAGUCUCGCUAUGCAGUGCUCCCCCAUGGUACCUCUCUGGACGGCUGGACCAAGGACGACAAGGCGGAAGUCAACGACCAUGUGCGACAUAUGCUGCACUCGAAGAGAUCCAAGUUCAAGCGCACGAUGAAAGGAUUUGGACAAUAUGUCAGGAGACCUUUGGGUUUCCUGGUCACGCUCUAUGCCACACUUAUCACAUUGUUCGGUCUGGCAUGGGUGCUCUUCCUGAUCGGUUGGGUCAACGUUGGCGGAAGACAAAUCUACAUCGUCCACAUCAUUGACAGCGUCUUGGUGGCUCUCUUCGCCGUCGUCGGUGACGGUCUAGCCCCUUUCCGCGCUGUUGACACCUACCACAUGAUCUACAUCGCGCACUACCACCACUUCACAUGGUCACGCCGAAAGAAGGAAAUGCUCCCAGAACUUGUCAAUCCCAACGAUCUCCCCGCGAACAACGCGCCCAUUUCGGCACCACGAACAACGAACCCCGAAGACCCGGAGAACCAGUGGGAAUUCACCGUCCUGACGCCCAAACAGCAAACCAAGCUCGAACACCAUCAAGACAAGUUCUGCAAAUCCCACUCGUUCUACAAACCUCACGAGACGGAGACUCAUCACGCGUUCCCUCUCCGCCUCCUAGUCGCCAUCGUCGUCUUGCUCGACUGCCACUCUCUUCUGCAAAUCUCCCUCGGCGCUACAACUUGGGGCAUCUACUACAAAGUUCGCCCGUUUGCAAUCACCACCGUCAUUCUCUGCUGCUCCAUCGCCUGCAACGCAACCGCCGGUCUCUUGAUCUGGCUGGGAGACAAGAAAACCAGGAAGACAGAUGUGCUGGAGCGCAUGAAUCGCCAGGAGCUAACCGAGGAGGCGAUCCAGUUGGUCAAGGAGAAAAAGGAGAAGGAAAACGAGAGUGAGAUGGAAGACGGGGAGGAGAGAGACGGCAAGAGGAGGAUGAGCUUGGAUGUGCUCCGCAAGUCGCAUACGCGGGGCAGUGAGAAGGCGAACCGUGAGGAGAGUGCGUAUCCGUGAAUGGGGGUAUGAAUACAGGACAGUGCAGGUCAGAUUUUCUUAUGUUUUUUUUAGUUGUUUUCUUGUUGCGAUUCAGCGAGCGUAUACCAGGGUUUUGAGACGGUUAAUUCAUGAUGUUAUGGGCUCUUUUGUUAUACAUAUACGUAAUAUGGGCAUGGGAUGGCUAGUAUAAUACUCGGUACAAGUGAAGGGAUAUGAGUGUCUUCUUGUCUGUGUAUUAUGUCGUGUAAUU